CGCCGACUUGAGCAGUGCAUUUUUCUCGAAUUAACUGGAUUUCAUCACAAGUAUUUCACUAGGUUGGGGGAAGCUGGAGAAGCGCUGAUUUGGAUAUAGCACAUAUUAAGUAAAAUAACGCAAUUCUCUUGCAGCACAUACCACUUAGAAAUUGCUCCGAUGAACAUAUUCGGAUCCGAAUGUUUCCCGCAACCGCAAACUGGUGUACUAAUUACGCGAACGUCGAUGAUGCGUGUAUUCUGGGAGCACAUAUAGAUUUCUAGUUUUUGCAUUGAUGUGCCUAUACAUUUUUCGGGUUAUCCCGCCAUUUGAGUAGCUAUAAUAUAAAGUAUAUCGACUGGGAGCCGAAUUUGACCCUGGGAGGUGAUACUAAAUCAUGCAUUAAUAAAUUGUAUAGCUACAUUGUAUACAAGCAUGUCCUCGACCUGAAGCUCUCGAACAUUGUUGGGCAAACGUAGAGGGCGCUGAUGUACGCCAUGGCUUCGGUGACUUCAACUUCACGCGUCGUAACAGCGAUGUUGCUUAAUGCGACGCCGUCAAGUGGAGAGGAAGAUUACGUCUUCAUCGAUUAUAACCAACGCAUCGCGGUAUCAGCCUUGACACUCCUUAUCAGUGUCUUUGGGUUGGUUGGGAACUUACUGGUUCUGUUUGCUGUAUCGCUCUCUCGAAAACUCCAGACCAAAGUCAAUGUAUUCGUGGUGAACCUCUGCAUCGCCGACUGCAUCAUAUGUUGCGUCUUACCUUUCAACGUUGUUGCGAUGCUCUCCAAGGAAGGAUGGCCGCUAUCGCCUAACAUGUGUGCGGCAGCCGCUGGAUUCUUGUGGAUCGCUCUAGGUGUAGGAACCGUCACUCUAGCGUUAAUUGCGUUUAACAGAUAUUACGUCAUCAAGAAGUAUAACUUUGACAAAGCUUAUUCGUCAAAGCGGAUAACAUGCAUGGUGGUCUUUUCUUGGCUGUACCCCGCGGUUCUGAUCUUGAUCGCCACUAACGCUGGGUUAGGAAGACUGGGUUACUCAAUAAAGUACAAAGCAUGUUUGCAGGACUCGACACAUCCAUUGUCGGAGUACUUGAGCCUCUAUGCCGGCAUCACUGUCUUCUUACCAAGUCUCGUGAUCAUCAUAUUUUGCUACGUGAUGAUAUUUGUUCACGUCCGAAAGCAUCAUCGUCACCUGAUCCGUAUCUUUAUCAUUGGUGAUGGAAAUCGGAAUGAGAGCUUCCAGGAUACUGUUACUGUCGUGGAAGCUCCAGUAACGCCGCGAACUCCGACACAAGUGCAUUUCCGCUAUCCUCCGGAAUCACAGAAGGCCGCUGAUGAUAUCUCAGAUGUCAAGGAGAACCUGUCAUCCUCAGAUCAUUCUCCUGUUCCGUGUGACGACCUGCCGAGUCCGACGACGCCGGCGAACCCAAUUACACCAUCCACUCCGGCAAAGAACGGGACCGAUGUUGACGGAGAAGUGCGCCCUCAUCGCACCAAGUCUGUAUCAGAAGAACUGUCACACACGGUGAGUCGACGCCAGGCGGACAUCACUCGUAACGUCUUCUAUGUCGUCUGUGCCUUCCUGAUCUGUUUGACUCCUUACGGAAUCGCCAUUCUGUUGCCGAACAGUGAGCCAGGUGUCCCCUGGGUCAUGCUUCUCCUGCAGUUCAAUACAUGUGUCAACCCGGUCAUCUACGCCCUGAAGCAUCCAACCUUUCGUGAGGUCAUCCCUCGUAUCCUUAGGUGUGACUUCAGCAACAUCCCCGCCAAGUCAGCCUGGCUGAAGAAACUUCUUCGUAACAACUGAAAUCUACUGUCCUUUGU